UUAAUCCAGUUCUAUUUAUUUCCUUAGAUACUUAAAUAAGUAUCUUAAAUAGAAUGCUAUAAGAAGUCAGUCGUAUUUGAGGGUACUUAAUAGAUGAUUUAAUGCUAAUUGAUUUUAGGAGUAUGCUAAAUAUUCUGUGCUUCCUUUUCCUCUUCUCUCUCAGUUUCUGUUAAAAUAUACAAGUAACUUUUCAGCUUAAAAUUAUAAAAUUAUUAGUGAAAUUGUCUCAUAGUCUAUGGUGUCCAUAAGUAUAAUAUGUGUGUUCUUUGUUAUAAAUAAUUAAUAUACUUAAUGCCUUGAUUUAUAUAUAUUGAAUUCAAUAUACAUAUAUUGAAUUAAUAACCAUGAAGGUGAAAGGGAGAAAAAGACUGAAAGAAAGAAAAUAAACCCUGAUAUAAUAUAAUUUGCUUUUGAAAGCUCACAUAUAGCUGAUUUUUGCAACUUGUCUUGAUUUUGAAACAUCAUAGCAAUAAGUCUGACUACAUAGCAAUAACUCUGGUAACACAAGUACCUAGGGCAAGUACCUAGGGCAGAACUGUAACCACCAUUAGCUACUACCAUCAUCAUUAUUUUCAUCAUUUCUUAUCUAUCUUCAACUAAUAGCAAUGACAAAGAGGAUUUUUUUAAAAAAAUGCUGUUCGUGGAUAAGUUUGGAAAAACAGUUUUAUUAUCUCAUGGAAAGAAGAUUGCAAUCUUACAUGCAAUUUUUUGGGGGCGGAGAGAGAAGCCUCUUAAUAUAGUUAGACUUAUUUCCAUGUAAACAUGCCAAGAAAAAAAAUGAAAAUAUAAUGCAAGAUCAGACUAUAGUUUUCUCAAUAACUACAUUCAAUGGAAUACAGUGAACCAAAUGAAUCAAACUGAAGUCUGGGAAUUUGUUCUUUUGGGAUUUUCGGAUUACCCCAUGUUGGAGCCAGUGCUUUUUGCCAUCUUCCUCCUCAUCUAUCUCCUUAUCCUGCUUGGCAAUAUUGGUAUCAUUAUACUGGCUGCUACAGAUUCACAUUUGCACACUCCCAUGUACUUUUUCCUUCAAAAUCUGGCAUUUCUUAACCUUUGCUAUACCACUGCUGUGAUCCCCAAAAUGUUGUCCAACAUGAUAUUGACUAAGAAAAGCAUAUCCUAUCACAUGUGCAUGGCACAAACAUAUAUUUCUCUCUUUAUGGGAGCAGCAGAAUGUAUCCUACUGGCUGUGAUGGCUUUUGACCGCUUUUUAGCAGUGUGUCACCCCCUGCGUUACACCAUAAUAAUGAAUAUCCAAUCCUGUAUUAGAAUUUUAGCUGCUUCUUGGACUGCUAGCUUUCUAGUUUCUGUUGUCCCACUCUAUCUUUCUUUGCCUCCACUUUGUGCCCCAUAUGUCAUUAACCAUGUUUUCUGUGAGGCUCCUGUUUUACUGCACAUGAUUUGCACUAAUACCUCUUUAAAUGAAUUAUUAAUGUUAGUUGGGGGCCUAGGCACACUAAUGCUGCCCUUUAUCUUGAUUCUGAUUUCAUAUGGCUAUAUUAUUGCUGCAAUAAUGAGGAUCCACAGCAUUAGUGGCAGAUGGAAAACCUUUUCAACAUGCUCUUCUCAUUUGACAGUGGUGAUAAUCUAUUAUGGGUCAGGGAUGUUCAUAUAUAUGAAGCCAAAAUCCAGUUACUCACCAGAGCAUGAUAAGUUAAUUUCUGUAUUUUAUUCUGUUAUCAAUCCACUGCUGAACCCUAUAAUAUAUAGCUUUAGAAAUAAGGAAGUCAAAGAAUCAUUAAGGAGAGCCUUUGGAAUAAAUGCAUUGGACAAGUCAUACUAAACACAGAGUUAAGAAAAAACAUAAAUUAUACUAUGUUUUCCAAAUUAUAUAAAAUUAUAUGAAUUUAAAUAAAUACAAUAUAUUAUUAUUAGCAAAAAUAAUAAAUAUGAAUAUCCAAUUGAUACACUAUUGGAAGAAGAUCAAAAAGAGACAAAACAAAAUCAUUAAUUAUAUUAUGUAUAAUUAAUCAGGCAAAAACAUUAACACAAGAUAUACUAGCUUAAAACUGGGGUGUCUUUAAAAAAGGGUGGGCUAAUAGAACAUUAAUUAAUUAAAUUAUCAUGACUCUCAUAUAAUAAUUUUAAAUGGCUACCAUUUUAAAUUGUUUUAAUAAGUCCACCUUUUCCAAAGUUUCAUUGUAUUGUUUGCAUUGUUCAUUUGUGUUCAUUUUGGAUUUUAGAAUUUUGAGAGAAUUGUGUACAUUAAGAUUACAUUAAAGGAAGAUGUGACGACAAAAAGUUUAGGAAUCCUUGUUGUAAACUAAAGAAAAUCUAUUAUGUGCAUUACAAGAGAGGGUUUAUUUGUAAAAUAUGUUAUUAUUGUCUUCUCUUGAUCCAUAGCAUUGUUAUAGGUGUCUCAACAGCUAAAGAUGUAUUUGAUCCAUUACCCCGAUUUUCCUUUUUAAGCUGUAUUAUUAAUCCAUCCUACAGUAAAAAUAUCAUUGUAACAUUAAAGCUGCCAUCAGA